AUGGAUGAAGAAACUGAUGAGGAAAGCUCCGAGAAGCCAGCAAUGGAUGCAACGACGACAUCCAACAAAGAUGAGCACACAAAUGAGGAUGCUUUAGAUGAAUCUGGCUCUCCUCCCAUUCUAGUUGUUCCCUGUUCACAAAAAAGAAAAAACAUCAUAAGCCAUAGCUCUAGCAAAAAACCGAAACUGGAAAAUGAGAGUUCUGAAAAAGAGGAUAAAGAUGAAGAAAAUGCUGAGGACGUAUCAGGGGAUGAAUCAAAACCAGUUCCUGAGGUUGACCAAACAGCUGAAGAAGAGGAACGUAUACGUAUACUUCUUAACAGACGACACAAAGUAAUUGAGAUUCACGCCCCUUCUCCAUCGGAACUUACGGACGAGGAUCGUGUCGUUAUUUCUUGCGAAGAGGCAGCUAUUAAAGUCCUUAAAGAAGCCAUUGAUUAUGACCCACGUAACGAGCGGUUGUAUGCCCAGUUACUCGAUAUCAUCUAUCAACGUAGGCCGGUUGAUAUUGAAGGAUUUAUUGAAGCCACUAAUCUUGCCACAAUUGAUUCAGUUUUGCCAGCGCAUAUCAAAUUGGCUUUCUGUCAACGUAAGCUACAAUUUUUAGAAGAAUUCGAUACUGAUUUAUCUAGGUUAAAUGCUACAUAUGAAGAAUACAUGAGUCUUUGUGAUGCAAUCAAUACUGGUGUAACCACAUCAGCUAUUGCUCGUGGAGCUAGCAGACUUAUAAAUGGUUACCAGUUGCCAGAUCUUUUAAAUUUGCCAACAACUUCUCUCAGAGUUAGUUCAGUAAUUGGAGCAAAUUCCUGUGAAAUGGUAGUUUCUGCUGCACCAGUUGGUCGUACACCUUGUUUAAAUACUGACCAAUCAGCUUUGGAAGCUGCUGCUUCAGUUGGAACACCAGCACCAGAUCCAUCCACUGCCGCUGGUUAUUACACUGCUGGAGGAUAUGAACCAUUGGCUGCCGCUCUUGGUAAUACAUCUGGGCUUCCACCUCCUGUCCCAACAGGUAUACCCGUUAUGACACCUUCAGUUGCAAUUCUUCCCGGUGUGUCGGAUACAUCGACUUCAGGUGCGGCUGGUUUGACAGCAGAUGCAUAUGCAACUUAUUACUAUACUGCAACAACUGGUGCUUCGUCUGUUCUCGCGCCUGUCAUUGUUCCAGCGGCAGUAGAUGUCAAUUUGUCCGCAUCAUCAGGGGUUACCUCAUCGAUAGUAACUUCAGUAACCACAUCUCUGUCAUCAACGAUAUCCGUUGGACAAUGA